AAAAAAAAAGAUUAAAUCAAGCAAAAUUAGGUUAGGAUUGGGAGGGAAAUCAUCGAUCAGGUUGAGCGAUGGGCAAAUCCAGAGACGAUUACAAGCUGAAGAGAUCUUCUCCUUCUUCCCCACAAGAUGAUUUUGUGUUUGUUCGAUUGAGUACACUAGAAGAACAGAGGAGGAUUAAAAAGCGUAAAAGCAAGGAAGAUGACGAUAAACAUAACUCCAAGAAGCACAAAUCUCACAAAAUUUCCAAGCGCCAUUCGGAUAAAGAUAAGAAGUCGGGUGGGAAACGUAAAGACAAAAGCCGCAAGCAUGAUAUUUCUUCAAUUAAACUAAACUUCAAAGAAUUGUCCGAUGAUGAUUACUUCUCCAAGAACAACGAAUUUGCCAAGUGGCUUAAAGAAGAGAGGAAAACGUUUUUCUCCGAUCUAUCUUCCGAUUCUGCACGGGGUUUGUUUUCGGAAUUUGUGGCGGAAUGGAAUAACCAAGAACUUGAACCCCAAUACUACGAGGGCAUUACAACUGCACCACGGACAUCACACAAGUGGAACAUCAAAAAGUAGCGUAACGCAUGAUUUUAGCUGCCUUCUUCGAAGUUAGGUUAGUAUGUUAGGGUCUUUACUAUGCAAUUGCGGGUUUCAGACAAUACAGAGGUAUCGACUAAUGUGCUGUAAAACGAGAAGGAAAAAAGAGUUCCGUCCAAACAUUUUGUAUCAUCUUUGUACAUUAUGUAAUGCAAGUUGUCAUGAUUGAUUUCUAUCUUGCAAUAUUGUUGA